UACAAGCAUUUAGCGACUUCAGGCAUCUCAGUUCUUCCAUGUCAGACUUGUUUUCAUGGAGGAAGGGUGAUGCUGUUCCAGAGGUGGGUCGGGCUUAGGGUCGGAUCUUUCUCAUCACUGUGUUUGGGGAGGAUCAAACCGCCCCUCUUUGAAAUAGGGAAGGAGACACACGUGUGUAUUUGCAGGAGUCGCUCUCGUAACUACGUUUCAGUAAUGGCAGAGGAAGCAAAGAAACUCGCCGCGUACGCUGCAGUGGACAACCACAUACAGACCAACCAGGUCGUUGGGGUUGGUAGUGGCUCUACAAUAGUGUAUGCUGUGGAUAGGCUGGCGGAGAGAGUGCGGCAGGAGAAGUUAAAAAUUGUGUGUGUCCCCACCUCCUUCCAGGCGCGCCAGUUGAUUCUGAAGCAUGGCCUCACUCUCUCUGACCUGGACAGGCAUCCAGAGCUGGAUGUUGCCAUUGACGGUGCUGAUGAAGUGGACGCAGGCCUCGCUCUGAUCAAGGGAGGAGGAGGCUGUCUGACCCAGGAGAAGAUUGUUGCUGGUUGUGCCAAACACUUCAUUGUCAUCGCAGACUUCAGAAAGGACUCAAAGUCUUUAGGCCAGCAGUGGAAGAAGGGGGUCCCCAUAGAGGUUAUUCCUAUGGCGUAUGUCCCCGUUUCCAGGACACUUGCCAAGAGGUUUGGUGGAGAGGCUGUAUUAAGGAUGGCUGUGAGCAAAGCGGGUCCUGUAGUGACUGAUAACAGCAACUUUAUCCUGGACUGGAAGUUUGAGCACAGCCAGAACUGGAAGGAAGUCAACACAGCCAUCAAAAUGAUCCCAGGUGUGGUGGAGACUGGGCUGUUUGUGGGGAUGGCAGAGAAGGCUUACUUUGGCAUGGAGGACGGAAGUGUGAAGGUCAGAGACCCGCCAAUCAUCUAAGACUCCACCCGCUCAACGGAGACCUCGCCUGCGGAGCACUCAACUCAAGAGAUGUUCAGCCUGACACCUCAAGUGCCCAUAAAGAAGAUAUCACACACACACACACACAGCCAUACCUCUGUAAAUGUCCCCUUACUUUGGGUGUAAGCUACUAACAAUUUUCUACUUAUGUACCCAGAGAGUCUCUCUCGUCUCCUCUUGUAAAGUCCAGGUCAGGUGUAACAUGUCAGAUGAAGACACUGGGAGUUGGAUGGGGAAGUGUAUUCCUCAAAGCAGAAUCACCAAAUUAUCUGAUCAAAUGCAAUCCAAAAGUACAACCCAACCCAGCACUUUUCACCUAAGACUUAUGAGUCAGAUUUGGGUGUUCUCCAUGUCUGACUUUGCAUAGUUAUCUGACUGACAUGAAGAUUAUGCUUUGUGGAAUAUUCCUCUGCACUUACCCUAAUGGUUUCACUCUUCUGCCAAGGCAUUGCUGAAAGAUUAACAUCUCCCCAUACUGGACCUCUUACAGACCGGUGCUAAAUCUGAGAGAGAGAGGCCGUCUGGGUGUUGUCUGUUUCUUCUUCCUCUCUGUGUAUUUCUCACGCUUGACUGAGAACUUGAUAGUUGUGGGGGAAGAAGUUAAAUGUCUCUCCCUCUCAGACUGAGGGGUGAAUUUUAGCCUAAAAUGCAUGUCUGUCAAUGUGAUUUGACAGUUCACCACUUAACUGCAUGUGUUCUCUGCUCACUCAUGCACAUGGCCAUGAAUAUGUGACUCAAAUGCAUUAGUGAUAGAAGAAAUGUCAGUAGUUCUUUUCAAUAUGUACCUCGUAUUUGUUUCAGUGGUGGAAUGGUUGGCUCAGUCAUUAUCUGAGGAACCUGGGCCCUGCAUAUUUAAGAUGCCUUUCCUGUACUGUACACACUAAUUAAUAGGCAGCAGACAAUUAAGAUGUCCCUCACUUAGGUGUGUGUGUGUGUGUGUGUGUGUGUGUGUGUUUUCAGCCAAUCAAUGGUGUUAUAAUUGCCUGCUGAACUCACAAUUUUGUGGUAGAGCAGGAAGAGACAUAUAAUGUGUAGUGCCAAGGGGUCUCAUGUAAGCAGCACUGAAAAACCUGGACACUGGUGGUUUUGGCCUUUCACCAUGGAACAAACAUGGAUCCC